AUGUUAUAUUUUGCUUAUUUAAAUGGUUACUUUUAUUAAUUAAAAAGAGUGACAAUUAAAUUCGUAAAUGCAGAUGUAAAUUAUUGCAAUGAGGAAAUCGAAUUAUAUUAUAUUAAUUUUCAUAUAUAUAUUGAGAAACGGAUAAUGAGAACAUUUGUCUUAUUAGGAUUAUUGUCCCUCACCUUCGCAGUGACCAUUAGUAAUUAGGGCACUUUAACAAAUCCAACAUCACGAGUGGAAAGAAUAAUGACCAAGUUCAUGCAAUUAAGCGAAAUGAGCACACAAUUCAACUUUAACAAGCUUUUCGAUGCAAUUGACUAAUUGAGUGCUUAAUUAAAACAAUCUGAAGUAGACGAGAACAAUCUGUUUGAUGCUGACUUUGCUUAAUAUGUCGAGGAUUAGGCCUUUUACACAGAUUUAGUUACUUUCUACACAGCAGAAGUUGCCUAACACACAGAGGAUCUAAGAUCUUUGAAUAACCAUUUGGAAUCAUAUCAAUAAUAAUUGACAUAGAGACAAGAGGAAUUGGAUAGAACUCAGAAACAAAAAGCCUAAUUAGAAGAGACCAUCAGACAAAAUGAAAUCACCUACAAUAAAUAAAUCAGCGAUUUCAAUACAGCAAUAGAUGUUUUAGAUCAAGCUAUUUAAUUGUUGUCUGGUUUGAGAAAUCCUGUCUUGAUAUAAACUGAAUAAGAUUAACUCAAAACAUUGGCUACUAAAUUAAGUUCUAUCAAUUUGAAGAAUCACAGAGUCUUAUACUAACCAAUAGUUGAUAUGUUCAUGUAACUUGCAUAAAAUAAUUUGGCUAAUUAAGAUCUCCUCAAGAAGGUGCUUAGUAUGUUGAAUGGACUCAGAAACUCAUUAGAUGGAGGCAGAAAUGCAUUAACCAGUAACUACAAUAGUGAAAGAGCCUCUAAUUUGGAGUUGUUGGAGUCUUACACUAAGAAGAUUGAUGCUCUUGUUAAUGAAGUGAUUCCAAUGUUAUAAGAUUUAAUUGCCAAUACAAUUGAAUAAAUUAAGGUGAAGACAGAAUUGUUGAACAAUGCCUAAACCAAUUUGGAUGAAGCAAAAGAAACCUUGCAAUUUAUUGAAGAUAGAUGGGUUAAAAGAAAGGCUUAACAUGCAGCAUUGUUAGCAGAAUAUGAGAAAGAAUAAGCACUUAUAGCUUAAACUAUAACUGUUUUGCAAAGAGGUGGUGUAAGAAGAUAAUGA